AGUCUUGGGAGUGAAUUCAUCCUUAUCGUAUCGAAGACUACGAAAGAUCCGGGUACUAUGUUUUAAAAAAUGUGGUAUAGAGUGUAUUGAGGAUUAGAAGUUCGGUUAGUUGAAAAUAUCCCUUCCUUCGAGUCUUCUGCCUAUAUGUAAUUAACGUUUUCUCCCCAAAGUUUUACGCUGUAGCUCUUAAUCAUACCAGGCGUAGCAUCAUCAAAAAUAAAUCAAAAUAAUAUGUUAGAAUUAUUAUUUAUUGUGGCAGUGGUUCUCUUGGUCAAGUUCAUAUUUGAUCAAGGCUACAAGAAUGAAGACUUUUUUAAGGACAAAAGCAUUAAAUUUAUUAAACCACACUUCAUGGUUGGCAACUCUGGGAAUCUCUUCACACGCAAGCGAACUAUACCUGAAUUUUUUAUAGAUGCUUAUACAGCCUAUCCUAAGGAAAAGUUUGUCGGAAUGUUUGAAUUCAGGAAUCCUAUGGUACUUGUAAAAGACCCUAAAACAAUAAAGCACUUGGCUGUUAAAGAAUUCGAUCAUUUCGUUGAUCAUCGUACUAUUAUACCCAGUGAAGCAGAACCUCUUUUUGGAAAAUCUUUGAUCCUUUUAAAAAGUGAAGCUUGGAGAGACAUGAGGGCAACCCUUAGUCCAGCCUUCACCGGAAGCAAGAUGAGAUUGAUGUUUGAACUAAUUUCCGAUUACUCCAAACGAAUGGUUGAUUUCGUUAGCAAAGAAACUCAAUCAAAAGGCAUCCAAACUUACGAGAUGAAGGACUUUUUCUCUCGUACUGCAAAUGACAUAAUUGCAACAUGUGCUUUCGGUAUUCAGGUAAAUUCUCUAAAGGAUAAGGAUAAUGAAUUUUUCCUGAAAGGCAGAGAGAUGACGAGCUUCCUGAAACUUAGCAUUUUCAUUAAGUUUAUUCUUUUCAUGGCAGUGCCAAAAUUGUUGCAAGUUCUUAGGAUAAGACUCAUACCAGAGAGUGUUACUGGUUUCUUUAAGAAAGUCAUAAUAGAUGCUAUAGAUUACCGAGAGAAGAAUCACAUCGUCCGUCCGGAUAUGAUACACCUUUUGAUGGAAGCUAAAAAAGGAAAACUCUCUCAUCAGGAAACUGAACGAUUUGACUCAGAAGGAUUUGCCACAGUCGAGGAAUCAAAUAUAGGAAAGCGAGAACCGAAAAAGAAUCUUGAAGAAGACGACAUUGCUGCACAAUGCUUUAUAUUUUUCUUUGCUGGUUUUGAUACUGUUUCGACAGCCUUAUCGUUCCUCUCCUACGAGCUAGCUGUGAACAUGGAAGUUCAGGAAAGGCUCUUCCAAGAAGUCCUAGAAACAAGUCGUGAAUUGGGUGAUAAGACAUUAAAUUAUGACACGAUUCAGAAGAUGAAGUACAUGGAUAUGGUAGUUUCUGAAUUAUUGAGGAUGUGGCCACCAGUUCCCAUAGCUGAUAGGAUCUGCACCAAAGAAUUGACAUAUGUUGAUGACGAUGGUCUCACAUAUAAGUUUAAUAAGGGUGAUGUUUUUAUAAUGCCAGUCUACGCAUUUCACCAUGAUCCAGAAUAUUUCCCUAAUCCUAGUAAAUUUGAUCCUGAGAGAUUCAAUGAAGAGAACAAACACAAUAUCGAUCCCGGAACAUAUUUACCUUUCGGAAUCGGCCCAAGGAACUGUAUCGGCUCUCGAUUCGCUCUCAUGGAAUUAAAAGCCCUAAUGUACUACAUCUUGUUGAACUUUAAAAUCGAACCCAAUGAGAAGACGCAGAUUCCUCUAAAACUGACCAAGAAUCCUACUAUGCUAUCAGAGAAGGGUAUAUGGGUUCAGCUAACACCAAGAUCGAAUCCUGCUUAAUGUAGAAAUUAUCAUUUAUAAUUUUUUUUCUAUAGAGUAUUUUUUAUUUAAUUAAAGACUUCAGGUUUGAAAUUCAAAUUAUAAUUCUACGAUAUUCUUUUUGAUCUUGCAAAAGCAAUUUCCCUCAGUUUUCUCAAUUUUGAGAUCAAAAUAUCGUUAAAAAUUGUUAAGGAUUUUUGAAUAUAUACAUAUUAUUUCCUU